UUUCUUUCAUGCACAGGCGAGAGGUUGGCUUUGUGAACAGGUCAUUGUGAGUCCUCUUCAGUGUUCUUUCUCUUGUUAAGUGGACCAGAUGGACACACUGUGGGCAGUCCAGAGUAAAAGGACACAGUAAGGGAAAAUGCUGAAUCAUAAUUCAAUUAUUCAUCAAAAGAGGUAGUAAGACCAAAAUACAUCUACAGACAGCCAUGCACUCAAAAACACAACUGCAAUCAAGGAGGCGGCAAAGUCUGUUGCGAAUAUUUGCUUAGGCAUUUUUCUUUUUCUUUGUUAUUUAAGUAGGAGGAUGGACGAUGCUGAGGAACAAGACAAGGAGAAAUCACUAAAUGGCAUCAUCUUCUAGUGAAGAAAAAUUAAGGACUAUUUUGAGUAGGAGAUAAUGAGGGAUCAAAAAACCAGCACUAAGAUGGAAGAUCUGCUGAGGGAAUCUCAGAUGGAGUUACAGUGGAUCCAAAGACAGCUUGCUAUGAUCGGGGCCAGAAACAGGCACCACCAGCACCUCCUCCACAUCAAGGGCAAGUCUAAAAGUGAGUUUUCAUCUCAGCAAGGUGUGGGACAUGCUGCAGUCUACAAUGUGAACCGCUUUCGAGUAUUAGAGGAAAAAAACAGGGCACUAAAGCAGGAAGUGGUCGCACUCCGCCAAGAGAAGCAACAUUAUCGAAAAGUGAAAGCGAAGCUCCAUGCUGCCUUGCAGGAAAGAAAUCGUCUGAACCUUGAGCUGAUCAGCCACCAGCUUAGGGCAUCCAAGCAUGAGCAGGUGAGAUGCGACUAUGUCCAGCUGAGACAAACGUUUGCCACAGUGAGCCGGGAGAAAGACGAGGCCCAGAAGGAAAGGAACCAACUCCAGGCCAAAGUCGAAAAUCUGAAACAUGUGCUAAAGCAUAUGCAUGAAACCUUGCAGCUAAAACAACAAUUGCAGACAGAGUAUGAGCAAGCAUUGGUGGCCUUUCACAGCAAACAGAAAGAGAUCAAUCAGCUACAAAAGAAUAGAUCAGAUACCCCUCACCGGAGCAGUGCCAUCAGGACCAGGCAGCUACUCAACUACCAAAGCUCUGCCGAACCAGCUUGGGAUCAAACUGAACAACAGCAUGAGGAAGCAAUACAGUUAUUAGAGGUCAAACUUUGUGACCUGGAGCAGAAAUGCAGGUCACACAGUGAUCACUUCCACCAGCUGUCGAAAAGGCUGCCAAACAUCCGUUUGCAAUCAGAGCCUGUGGGGUCCCUUAAUAGUAAUUCUACCUUGGUGUCCCAGAUCCCGACCUCACCAGAGGAGAAACUCUCCCAAGUCAUUGAUGAAUUUGAAGCCCGAUUGCAGAAAGGUGAUGAGAGUGCACCAAAUGCUCAGCUUCUGAUCCCUCAGUUUUCACCCUGCCCUCUGCAGACUGAAGACAGUGAAGCAUUCAAACUGCUAUCUGUCAAAUCCAGCACCGUAGCAACAGAUCGCUCCAGCAGCCCCCGACAGCAUCCCCCAUCAGAGAUGGAGGAUGAGACAAGCUCAUCACCAAGGUCCAAACCUCGCUACACAGGCCAGGUCCGCCUUUGCACUGCCCGUUACAGUUAUAACCCUUAUGAUGGACCGAAUGAACAUCCUGAAGCAGAGCUCCCUCUUGUGGCUGGAAAAUAUUUAUACGUGUAUGGAGUCAUGGAUGAUGAUGGCUUUUAUGAAGGGGAGUUGCUGGAUGGACAAAGAGGACUUGUUCCUUCCAACUUUGUGGAAUUUGUCCAGGAUAAAGAAAAACUAAUUGGAGAGGGAGUGGAAGACUUAGGCCCUCUGGAACACACAUCCUUGGCCCUGAUGACUGUGGAUGGAGGUGCCUCCCAGGAUGUAAUGCUAGGCUCAAGUAAUUCCCUUGUUCCAUGUAGCAAUGGGACAGGGGGGACUUUAGAUCCUGAGGACUUAGCUGAGGAUGUUGUGCCUUACCCCCGUAAGAUAACCCUCAUCAAGCAGCUGGCACGUAGUGUUAUUGUGGCAUGGGAGCCUCCAGUAGUGCCUUUGGGCUGGGGGAACAUCUCUGGCUACAACGUAUUAGUCGAUGGGGAGCUUCGUGCCAGUAUACCAUACACUGGCCGGACCAAGUGCUUGCUGGAAAAGCUGGACUUGGACAGCUGCAUUUAUCGUGUCUCCGUGCAGAGCGUCACUGACCGUGGCUUGUCGGAUGAGCUCCGUUGCACCGUGCUGGUGGGAGCCAAUGUGGUGGUGGCACCAUGCGGCAUGCGGGUGGAUGACAUCCAGCGGGACACUGCCGAGCUCUCCUGGCUGCCUAGCAACAGUAACUACAGUCACACUGUGUACUUAGAUGGGGCGGAGCAUGCUGUAGUAAAGCCUGGAAGGUAUAGACUACGGUUCCACAACCUGAAUCCCCUAACGGUAUAUAAGGUCCAAGUGGUGGCACAGCCCCAUCAGGUGCCAUGGCAACUGCCUCUGGAGCAGAGGGAAAGGAAAGAAGCUGGAGUGGAGUUUUGUACUCAAGCAGCAGGCCCAACACCAUAUUGCAGAACAGGUCCCCCGAUGCCCCCACAGGAUGUGCAGGUGCUCUGUGGGCAGGCUCCAGGGGUUCUGCAAGUCCGCUGGAAGCCUCCUAUCCUCUCUCCAACAGGCACAUCUAAUGGGGCAAAUGUUGUUGGCUAUGCAGUCUGCACUAAAGGACAAAGGAUAGCUGAGGUGCUGUUUCCAAUGGCAGACUAUGUCACUAUUGAUCUGACAAGGAUUCAAUGCCUGGAGGCCAGAGAAGUCAUUGUUAAGACACUGUCAGUCCAGGGAGAAUCCCAGGACUCCCAAGUCGCCGUCAUUCCAAACAACCUGCUUGUGCCUCUACCUGCCAUACCCUUGCCGCCCCCAAUGCACCCACAUGCUGGCCCUCUUCCACACCCUCAUCCUCAACCUCACCUCCCAUCUCCUCACCUUCCUCACCCUAUGCCCCAACUUCCGCCUCCACCUCAUGGGCAACCUCAUCCUCCACAUCCACAAACCCAUCCCAGACUUCCUCAUCCAGGCGGAACCCCGCACCCCCAACCACAGCCCGUACACCUGCAGCCCCGCCCUCUCCACCAGGGUCCCAGGCCCCAGCACCAACUGCCUCUGCUGCCCCACCCUCAGCCCCACCCUAUACCUCAGAGACCAGUAAGUGCCAGAGACCUGGAUGCCAAAGAGCACACAGCCCACCAUGGAGGAGCUAUUCCGCCUGGCCAGCCCGGCUGGGACCCAAGUCGAUCACCUUUGCAGCCACCUGUGCCCAUGCAAGGCCACACUCUGGAGGCCCCUCCCCCUGUCCAUUUGCGUUCCCCCUCCCCUCAGAGGAUUCUUCCUCAGCCCCAAGGCAUGCUGAUCCCAGAUACCGUGGCCAAAGCUAUUGCUCGAGAAGCAGCACAGAGGGUGGCAGCAGAAAGUGGCAAGGUCUGGAAAGAACACCACACAAAUGUUACACAAAAUAUUGUUGGAGACAGAAGGAUGGGGAGAUUUGGAGAGCAGGGUCAUUCAUUUCACCAGCAUCCCUCUGAUGAGGAAGAGGAAGAUGAGGAGGGAUUUGCACGAGGACGUCGGAGAGGACCCUCAGUUGACGAGUUUCUCAGAGGCUCUGAGUUGGGAAGGCCGCCUCACUAUAGUCACAAUGAAGAUUAUCACAGCGAGAGCAGCCGGGGCUCUGACCUGUCUGACAUCAUGGAAGAGGAUGAGGAGGAGCUGUACUCUGAGAUGCAGCUGGAAGAGGGACGACGACGCAACUCGCACCACACACCCAAGACAAACAGUCCUGGUGGAGGCCGCCAUGACCGGGACAAUGGCUGGCGAAUUCAACAUGGUGGGUCACAUCCUAAGAGGCGACCUCUAAUGGUCCCAUCCAUUGAAGUAACCUCUGAGAAUAACAAUGAGGGAAACCCCUCCUCCAUCAACGAAGAUGUUAACUAUGGCAGAGUAGCUCGACACAAGGCGUGGUCAUCCCGCAGGCACACGGGCGGCAUCAGGUGUCCCCAUGACGGCUACAGGAAUCGGGACCGACGCUCUCCAACGUACUAUGACGAGUCAGAGCCUGAGGAACCUUUUCGGAUUUUUGUGGCGCUCUUUGACUACGAUCCUCUGUCUAUGUCCCCCAACCCAGAUGCUGCAGAUGAGGAGCUACCAUUCAAAGAAGGGCAGAUAAUUAAGGUUUAUGGUGAUAAGGACACAGAUGGGUUUUACAGAGGAGCAAUAAAAGGCAGGAUGGGGCUUCUCCCCUGUAACAUGGUGUCCGAGAUACGAGCAGACGAUGAGGAGACCAUGGAUCAGCUCAUCAAGCAGGGCUUUCUGCCUCUCAGCACUCCGGUGGAUAAAAUAGAGCAGAACAGACGAGGUCUCCGCCGAGAUCAGGCCUCUAGGAGGAUGGUGGCGCUCUAUGACUACGACCCCAGAGAGAGCUCCCCUAAUGUUGAUGUUGAGGCUGAGCUGACCUUCUGUGCUGGUGACAUCAUUGCUGUUUUUGGAGACAUUGAUGAAGAUGGGUUUUACUAUGGUGAGCUCAAUGGCCAUCGUGGCUUGGUGCCCUCUAACUUCUUGGAAGAAGUGCCUGAUGACGUGGAGGUCUAUCUGACCGACACCCCGUCCCACUACCCCCAGGAAGAAUCCGCCAACCGACCCCCUGCAAACUCUGCUGCCAACAUGUCAGAGGGAAAACGGGUCACUGCAGAAAACACAGACACGGCCAACAACAUUACAACCCCUGUCCGGGCGCCGUCCCCCAUCAUUCGCCCCCUCCUUCCAGGAACUAUGAGACCGCUUAGCCCUCCAAGAGGUCACCAUGCUCCGCUGGACCCCAGGGACCCUCACAAUCUGGCAAACAAGAAGAAGAAAGGAAUACUUUCCAAAGGAAAGAAACUGCUAAAGAGACUGUCUCCUGUGAAACAACAAUAA